UAUAAGAUAUGUACUUUUCUCUGUAAUGCUCUCUCGUCCAGUUUAACUAGAAACUUGCAUGCCUUAGCAGAAAGCCAAGUGCAUGUUCUAUCUUGCUCGGUACUUUCCACCCUGUACUGGUAAACAGGAACUAGGGUUUCCUGUUAUUUCUCGACCUUUAAGCACCUAACUCAUAUUUUGUGCAAGCUGUCAAAAUGUCUGCGGUUGAGUGCGGGCGUGUGGAGCUUCAAUAAAUACAGCCGCUUCAACAGAGGAAGACAGAAUCUCAGAGACAGCUGUCAGGACAGAGCGCGGGUUCUGUAUGAGGCUGUGAGCUUCUCCACUGCUGCGGUGAACUUUGAACAGAGCAUAAAACCAACAAAAUUGGCGUCACGAACAGGAUCCUCUCUCAGCUGAUGAGAGAGGGAGGCAGAAGAGACCAAUUCGAAACCAGACCCAGGAGCCGGGACCCAGACACAACGGCCGACAAAGAUUAAGGUAAGCAGACCUUUUUAUACAAAAUCUGCUCAUUGAACAUAUUCAAACUAAUUUGUGUCGAGGUUCCUGGCAACUGAGGUCAGUAAAUUUGAUAUAAUUGUAAAGAGUUGGAGACAAAAACUGAAACUCUAAAAGAACAGGUCUGGGAUCUGAAAGAGUUUUAUAGAAUAGAAAGAUAGAAUUUCUGGGAUUGUCACGAACUACAGCUGACGAGCACAAGUUCCUCUGACAAUAUUAAAAGCCCGGAAAAGGUCGGGGACCUUGGGGGAAAGCCUCCUAAACAAAACUUUGUACAAGAUCAGGGAUCUUAAGGUCGGGGACCUUGGGGAAAAAAGUCCCCUAAACGAUUGAGAAAGAUCAGGGAUCUUAGGAAGUGUUACUACAGGUCUGGGACCUGUAUGGUUGUGUUCUUCUAUUUUUGUUCACAUAAAUACACAAAGUGUGAGUGCUGUAUUUCAGGGGAAGGACCCUGUCCUCUCUGAAAUAUCAGAUUACAUAACAAGAAAGGACCUCACAUCCCCUUUCUUUUUCACAUUGGAAUCGGCUCACAGCUAGCGGAGCCAAAUUAAGGUUAAAGUGAAAACACAUAGACUAUUUACACUCAUAUACUAAAUAAUAUUCAUAAGCGGACGCGCAGCAUUAUGAGCCGCAACUAGGAGGGUAAUGCAUGAAUGAACUGUUGAAUGAAUGAACUGCUGAUAUUAAGUGUAAAUUACUGAGUGAGAACCAAUAUAGUACGCCCUUGUGGAUGCACAGGUAAGAACUUCCCGCCUGAAAAGGUAGAAGCUUGGAAGUUACCACAACGGUUUUUAGUACUAUCUCACGAUAAAAAAUCAGUGAUUAGAGUUCAAUAGGAACUAAGACCUCGCUGAUCUAAAUCGCCACCAAAAUCAAUAAAGAUUAACUCCUACCAUUAAAAGAAAAAUGGACGGAGAGUUUGAUAAAGAGCAAAUAGAUGAUGGGUGGGGACCAAACGAGAUCCUGAACACACUGGGAGAACAACUAGCGUGUUUAGAAACAGUGAUCAGCACCACAAAUGCCCCAGCUGAAGCGACAGAGCAGAAGAAGCUAUUAAGGAAGACAGCGGAGAAGUUGAUGAAGGAGAAAGGAAAGGAUGUAAAUAGUGCAGGGAAUUGGGGAACAAUUUGGGGACUGAAGGUAACAGAAACAGAAAAGAAAGAGGAGGAAGCACGAAAACUGAUGGAAAAUGCUGGGAUGUUUGGGAAGAAAAAGCAUCAGAAAGAAGUAGAAAAAUUGACAGCACGCAAAGCCAAAUACAAUCAGUGGGCCCUGCUGUGGAAAAUGGCAAAGCCUAAAAUGAAGAAAAGAAAAAUAGAACAAAAUGUAGCGGAUAAACAGCCACCACCUUACUCAGGCAUAUACCCGGUACUUAGCAAAACCGGAGGAGUGAUGUCCAUAGAGGAGGAACAGCCUACUGCUCCUCUAUUCUCAGUGUCGCCUAUAGCCCAGCAGGAUAAAAAAAAGAUAUUUUCAUGAGUAAUCAACAGGCUUGUUCAUCCCUGUCACAAGCAAAACAGAUUAACGAUGACAGGCCCUCCACCCCAAGGUCAUCCUGUCCCUCCGUGACAAACGGUGACGUUUUGCCCUUCACCGGCCGAAUGAUCAGACAACAGGUAGAAGAGAUGGUCAGACAACAGGUAGAAGAGUUGGAAAACACCAUGAGGGAGGCUAGGGAGGCCCCUAUACCCAAACCACAACAAACAACACAAUGGACAGGUAGUUUUACUCCUAUCUGCCCACCACCACCAGACUCCUUAGCUACAGCUUUACCAUUCAACCCGAACAACCCUUUCACCGUUAAAGGUGAACUGAGAGCUGCCGCUCAAACUGAGCAGACCACACCACAGAACCUGGUGGUUACCAUGAAUCUGAUAGGUCACAAUGAACUAGAAGAACAGACAUGUUCCAGUACGGACGCUGGCUCAGAUAAAGAAUGGUCUAGACAAGAUGAUGAGGACCCAAUAAAUGGAAUAGAGGCUGAGUUAGUGGACCUAAGCCUUAAACACAAAACGUCACACCGUAGAGAUCAGGUAACUCCGAUCCCAGGCGGACACUCUUACCACACCAGAUCAAAAGGGACUGCGUCGAAUCUACCUGGACAAUAUCCUCUUGUCCAGGCCAAAACAAGUGGCCCAAAGGUAUAUCAACCAUACACAUUUGGAGACAUCCAAGCUCUGGUUGAUAAGCUUCCAGACAUUGUAGAAGGAGGAAAUGCCUGGUUGGCAGAUUUGGAUAAAUAUACCUCAGGACAGGACCUUGCUCUGGGAGAUUUCAGGGCCAUCAUCACCAGAUGCACAUCCAGGUCUCAGGCUGCAGAUCUGGAACAAAAUGCAGGAACCACCCUAUAUGGGAAUGAGGUACCAUUGUUGCAGGUAUUAAGGACUUUAGGACCAGCCCUACGCAAACAAUUUCCACCUAAAAAUCAGGGAACCCUCCAUAAAUUCAAAUGGGAUGGGAAAACCAAUCCCACCAAUUAUUUGAACAAAGCCAUAGAUGACUGGGUGAACCAUACAGGACAUCACCCCAGCAGAGAAAGUUCCCAAAGCCUGUGGUUUAGGAAAGCUGUUCUUAGGGGAGUCCCGGAAACCGUUAACAAUAAAAUGGAAGACAACCCUGAAUUGGCUGACUGCGAUUUCAAUAAAUGGAAAAAUCACCUGAUUUUUAACCUCAACAAAGUCCAGGUUACAGAGGAAAAGGAAUCAGACAAUCUAGAGGAACUGCAGAAACAGCUCCUUAGAGUGCAGCUACAAGCCGCAAAAAAGACUCUAGGUGAAAAGGGGGACAAGACCAAGAAACAAAUGGUUGCCACCGCUGCUCCUCCCCCAGCUGUACCAAUCCCUAAUCAAUACCCAAACCCCUGGCAGCAGCCGCCGCAGUUACCAGGAUAUAAUCUACAGCCAGCUCCAUUUGUGGCUCAAGGACCCCCAUACGGAGGUCAUAGAGGAGGUUUCGGAGGGCGGGGUCAGGGGCGACCUGGUAGAGGCCGAGGCAUCCCAACGCCCAGAGACACUUGUUAUAACUGCGGGCAGCAGGGACACUGGGCUAGAAACUGCCCUAUGCCUCCUAACACCAUGAGAGGACAAGGAAGAUUUGGUCGUGGACAAAGAGGUCCCCGUCCGGGCCCCCAAGCGCCACUCCCAAACCAAAUGCCUGUUAUGGGUUGGGAGUACUAUGAGGGUGGUCCACAAGCAUAG